UUCACAUAGUUUUCAUUAAUACAUAGUUGAGCGUGACAACCGUGGUGUAUGCAAGCGUUGGUGUCUACCAUUUACAUUUUAAAGAGCAUUAACUGAAAAUAGUCAUUAUGGCAGAUCCAAGAAUACGACAAAUGAAAAUAAAGACAGGAGUCGUUAAGCGACUUGCCAAAGAAGAAGUCCUGUAUAUAAAGGAAGCCAAACAACAGGAGGAAAAGAUUGAGCGUUUGAAAGCAGAAGCCAGCGAUGAAUAUUUGAUCAAGAAACAGAUUGAAGUGCUGCAGGAGUCUCGUAUGAUGAUUCCAGACUGCCACCGACGACUUGUGACCGCACAUGCUGAUCUUCUUCAGUUGCUUGAAAAUGAAGUGGAUCUUGCAGAAACAGAGGAAUUCAAAGAAGCACAGACCAUACUGGAUUCUGUGAAGCUUGAUGGAUGAUUUGUCAGCCAACUUCACCAUAAUAAUCUACCCCUGAAAAGCUCAUGUUGAUUCCAGUAAAUAGUAAUGGCUUGUUGUGAAUGAACAAUAUAUUCAGCUGUAUCUCCACUUUCUUUCAUAUAUUUUUUUAAUCCUUGUUGAUUUUGGUGAUGUGUCUUGACCUUCUGCCUAGUUUAGUCCCUCUCCACUUGCGUAUUAAAAUUACACUUUCUACAAUGUG